UGUGCAUAGGAAUCAAGCCAGAGCGCUCCCAGAGAGCAGCCGAUAUACGUCGCAUCGGGCCGUGUGUAUGCGACGCCGCGCGCGGUGCGGCUCUGGUUUUGGCGUUCUCUGGAAGCGGGGCGGAGAGUCGGAGCGUAACCGUGCCGAGGACGUGGCCCGCGCCGCUCGCCGGGCGCGAUCCGCAUAGGACUGGCUUCUCGCUGCCUUCAUGGCGCGGGACAUCGACGGCAGUGGAUUUGGACGAUCUCACACAUUCAGGCUGGAUCGCACGGCUUCGACGGCCAGCACGAGCUGCUGGGAACGGCUCAACAUGCCGAGCAUAUCGAAGACGCACCUGGUCAUCGGCUGCGUGGUGUUCUUCCUGGCCUGCAUGAUCAUCAUCCUGGUGGCGCUGGCCGUGACGAUAGCGACGCACCGAUACUUCUACUACAACGUGGCACCCGCGGGGUCGGCGGGAGGCACCGCCGGUGGCGGCGGCCCCGACGGAGGAGGUCCUGGGCCCUCCGAGCCGGACAUUGUCACGGACAUCCCUUGUCCCGUGCAGGCCAUCGAAGACUGCGAGAAGCACGGGUGCAAGGCGGUGCCGGAUCCAGAGCACGGCGCGGGCACUCGCUGCUUUCUGCGGGACGACGCGUUCGGAUACCGGUACCGGCACACGACGUACGGUGACCGGGAGGUGAACUACAGCCUCACCUACGACAUGACGUCACAGGGACCGUUCGCCGAUGACGUCAUCAACAACGUGCGCGUCCAGGCGGUAUACAUCACCGAGGACACGCUGAGGUUACGGAUUCACGACGAGGACAGAAAUCGUUACGAGGUACCCGUGCUGGACGACUCGCCGCUGAUGCGCAACCCUCCCGCUGUGGACAAGAGCCGCUUACGGUACCUGAUCGAGGCCAACGAGACGAGACGAGGACGCGCCAGGCUGAGGGUGCUACGUUCGGACAACUACGUCGUCAUGUUAGACUCGUGGCACCUGGUGAUGACCGAGCAGUUCCUGCAAGUGGUGCUGCCUUACAGCGGCGACCAGCUGUACGGAUUCGGAGAGAGUGGACACGAGCACAUCAACCUCGCAAUGGGAAGUGGCACGAUGUUUUCCAGGCGCGUCGGUAACUACAGCGCCAUGGACAACGCAAACCCGAAUUGGGAAAACUUUGCCGGUGUUCAUCCAUUCUUCAUGAACCCUAAAGGAGACGGAACAACAUGGGGAGUUCUCAUCCUCAACAGCAACGCGAUGGACUACACGGUGACGUCAGGCGGAAACAUCGCCAUUGCAACCACGGGUGGAAUCCUAGACCUUUACUUCUUCGUCGGCUCCACCCCCACUCAGGUGGUUCAACAAUACCAAAAGCUCGUAGGAAUUCCCUUCAUGCCACCGAUCUGGGCUCUGGGCUAUCAAUUGUGGAUGACAAAUUACACGUCUCUCAACGAAGUCAAGGGCGCCGUCACUGCACUCGACCAGGCGGGCGUGCCCAAGGACAUGAUCUGGCUGGACGUCUUUCAAGAUUCAAAGGCGUUCACGUUGAACUCCGCCUUCGGCGGUCUUCAGACGUACGCCCGGCAACUGGCGAGCGCGGGCAUUCAAGUAGGCCUGGUCACAAAUCCGGCCAUCCCUGCCGACAACGUAACUCGGUACGCCCCGUACACAACAGGUCUUGAAGACGACGUGUUCGUUAAGAAAGGGUCCGGAACAAGCGGUUCUGACCCUAACGCCGUGCUUUACGCGAAGGGGCUUCCAUCGGGACCUUCGGCAUUCCCAGAUUUCCUGAAAAACUCCACCAGGCAGUGGUGGAGGAACACCAUCCUGGACUACCAGGAAUCGACGGUUGACUUUGACGCGAUGUUCCUCAGAAUGAAUGAACCAGCCGAGUUCACCGGAUCUGCUUCCUGUCAACGAAACGACGUGUGGUGCCAAGUGUGUCCUCAGAGUCGGUGGGAGUACCCGCCGUAUGUGCCAGUUACCUACAGGACCGAGGAAGGGAACGCAACGCAGCUUCACAAUGGCACCCUCUGCAUGAACGCGGCGUUCGGCGAACGGCUACGCUACAGGCACUACGACGUCCACAGCAUCUACGGUUGGAGCCACAGCAUGGCAACGCAAUGGGCUCUGACCGAUCUGAUAGGCGACAGGACCCUCGUGAUUUCCGAAUCGACGUACCCUUCGAGUGGCCGGUUUGCCGGUCACUUCGUUGAGCUGCCAGACUUCGGAGAAUGGUCGGGCCUGAGAAAAGCCAUUGUGGCUGUCCUGGAAUUCAACAUGUUCGGCAUUCCUUAUGUUGGAGUGCCCCUAUGUUCGGGCACUAGCUCCACACUCUUGUGCCAGCGAUGGAUCGAAAUUGGCGCCUUCUUUCCAAUUGGCCUCGACUUCAGGAUGAAGCGAUCAAGUGCAGACACGCUUCCCAUGACGCCGACAGCCCUUGACGCCGUCUCUAUGAGAUACAGUCUACUGCCUGUUUUGUACACGCUGUUCUUCAGGGUCAGCCUCAGCGGCGGGGCGGUCGUGAGACCGCUGUUCUUCGAGUUUCCACUGGACAAAUCUACCUACACCCUGGACGAGCAAUUCAUGUGGGGUUCCUCCAUCCUAUUUUCUCCAAUUUUAGACGAGGAUGUUGCUACUCACUCCUACUACCUCCCGCCCGACGUCUGGUUCGACUUCACGUCGGGAUUACGAAAAGACGGAUCAAUAGAAAAGAUGAGCCGCAGCGUGACGGAGAACUCGACGCUACUUGUCCACGUGCGCGGAGGGCAAGUCCUCCCUGUUCAGCCUACGCUGAAAAACACGAUGGACAGAACAAAAGUUCCGUAUGACCUUUACGUUUAUCCCAAAGACGGAUUCGCCAGCGGCGAACUCUUUGUAGACGACGGCAUAUCUCAAGGCACCGUUGAAUCAAACCAGUAUGACCUCUUCAGUUUCAUUCUCGCCCAGAACCUCUUGCGCGUGUCGAUCAGCCAUUUCGGGAACGGGACGAGACAGAAUGCGACGGUCAGGAACAUUGUGUUCUUUGACGUCGACACUCCACCGUCGAGGGUGACGAUGAACAAGAACGGCGUUGCGCAGAACUCGGUAAUUCACGACUCUACCAAGAAGAGUCUGACAGUCACGGUGAACCUGCAGCUACGGUCGCUCAACAGUAUGGCUACAGGAGGCUGUCCUGCAACUCUACUGACGAAGUCGACGGUUCUAAUGAGUCCUAUCAGUGCCAUGCGCAGUUCAGCUGUCAAAGGGCUUGCGCGAGUUCGCGGAACGAAACAAAAUAGUUUGUUAAAAUACUACCGUGAUAGAAAUAUGGCGCCAUCCAACAUGAAAAAAAGUUCCAUUUCCACCUGGAUUAUGGCACCUUUCCAGCUGGAAAUAUUUCCGGUUCGUCAUUUCAGCCAUAUAACACUACACUUCAGCUCGAAGUCGAUGAUUGUCCAGCGGGAAUAUGGCUGA